AUGCGAACACGUUUUCAGGCCCGUAAAGAAGCAUUGGCAAAAGCAGAAACGAAAGUGAACACUACAAUGGGUGAUCGACCACCAGUUGCGAAUGAUACUAAGGCUCUUAAGGCUUUCUCAGAGCCUAAAAUCAAUGAUAUUCAGUCGAGCAUUGUCAGGCCAGCGAUCGAGGCCAACACUUUUGAGAUCAAACCGAGCACUAUUCAGAUGGUACAGAACUCAGUGCAGUUUGGGGGUUCUCCGACAGAGGAUCCUAAUAUGCAUAUUCGGGAUUUCAUUGAGAUCUGCGACACUUUCAAGUUCAAUGGUGUUACUGACGAGGCUAUCAAAUUGAGGCUAUUCCCAUUUUCUCUGAGGGAUAAAGCUAAGGGAUGGUUGCAUUCUCUUCCUGCAGGAUCUAUUAAGACAUGGGAAGCUCUGGCUCAGAAAUUUCUUACUAAAUUCUUCCCUAUGGCCAAAACAGCUGCAAUUAGGAAUGCUAUCACUCAAUUCUCUCAACUGUCUGCAUCAGGUGGAGCUCUAUGGGCUAAGAACUAUGAUGAGGCUUAUGAUUUGAUCGAGAUGAUGGCUGCGAACGAAUAUCAGAAUCAUACUCAGCGUCUUCAUCAGGGCAAGGCAGCAGGGAUUCUAGAUGUUGAUGCUACUACAGCCUUGACUGCUCAAAUUAAGGCUCUUACUAUGAAGAUAGAUUCCUUAGCUAACUUGGGACUUCAACCACCACCUAAUGUUUGCGAGCUUUGUGCGGGUGCACGUUCUUCGGAUCAGUGUGCUAUAUCGAGCGAAUCUGCUCAGUUUGCCAAUCCGGGCAAGAAAGAGAUGAAGGAACAGGUACAGGCUGUCACCUUGAGGUCCGGAAAGGUUACAAAGGAAAAAGAGUCAGCAACAGAGCAUAAUAAGGAUGAGAGUGAUCAACAGGUUGAAACACCCGUGCUCUCAUCUAAGUCUGGUAGUGGAAAAACUGUUGUUGACGCUGACAAGAAAGAAAUCAACGAGGAGGCAAGCAAGGAAUCAGCUGAGAAGUCUAGUCCUAAAUCUGAUAAUGGGGUCAAGCAAGUAUAUCCACCUCCCCCUUUUCCGAAGAGACUUCAGAAGCAUAAGCUCGACAAACAAUUCGCUAAAUUUCUAGAGGUUUGCAAGAAAUUACAAAUCAAUAUACCUUUUGCGGAAGCUCUAGAACAGAUGCCGAGUUAUGCUAAAUUCAUGAAAGGUAUUCUAUCUCGGAAACUUAAACUUGAGGAAUUGGAGACUGUAGCUUUGACCGAGGAGUGCAGUGCGGUGUUGCAGCAGAAAUUGCCUCCGAAGCUGAAAGAUCCGGGGAGUUUCACAAUACCGUGUACCAUUGGACCAUUGUCAUUCGACAAGUGUUUAUGUGACUUGGGAGCUAGCAUUAAUCUGAUGCCAUUAUCUGUCUUCAAGAAACUUGGUCUGCCGGAGCCGAAACCUACAAACAUGUACUUACAACUGGCUGAUCGGUCCAUCACAUACCCGAGAGGUAUAGUGGAAGACGUCUUGGUUAAAGUGGAUAAGCUCAUCUUCCCUGCUGAUUUUGUGUUCAACGCAAUGAAAUUUUCAACUGACGAAGAAGAAUGCUUUAAGGUGGAGCCAAUAGACGCUGCAGCUCAUCCAGAAAUUGACCAAAGCCUGAAAACUGACAUCUUGGAAAGGGUUCUAACAGGUGAAGCUGAAUUCGGAGGUGAAGAGGAAGCAGAGCAACUUCAGUUCUUGAAUGCAUCUCCAUGGAAGAGGAAGGAUUUGACUCAGGCUCUUGGGAGUGCUUUUCGAGCUAUUGGUGUUGAGGUUGAUUGGCCAGUGUUUGGAGAUGGCAUGGUGUCUCGACCACCUGAUCCUCCACCCGAGGAGGGUGAUCCUCCCGACUUCUAG